AUGGCCUUUCAAGACCUCCUGAAUCAAGUUGGCAGCCUGGGAAAAUUCCAGAUCAUUCAGAUGAUUUUUUUUUUUUUGUCAAUCUUCAAUUGCAUUGUGCUCCCUCAUACUUAUUUGGAGAAUUUUACUGCUGGUAUUCCUAGUCAUCACUGCUGGGUCUCCAUUCUUGACAAUGAUACUGUUCUAGACAAUGACACUGAAUUCCUGAGUCAAGAUGACCUCUUAAGGAUCUCCAUCCCCUUGGACUCCAACCUGAAAGUGGAUAAGUGUCGUCUUUUUGUCCAACUGCAGUGGCAUCUCCUUCAUCUGAACGGUACCUUCUCUGGUGUAACAGAGCCAGAUACAGAGCCCUGUGUGGAUGGCUGGGUGCAUAACAGAAGCACCUUCCUCUCAACCACUGUGACUGAGUGGGGCCUAGUGUGCGGAUCUCAGGCACUGAUUUCUGUCAUCAGAGUUUUAUUCAUGUUUGGCUAAUUUAUAGGAAGUUUAAUAAGUGGCAGUCCGACAGACAGGUUUGGGAAGAAGUUCAUUUUCACAUGUACUUUACUGCAAAUGGCCUUCAAUGAGACCUGUGCAGAAUUUGCUCUCACCUUUCUCAUCUACUGCUCAAUUGGAUUCCUCUCAGGACUGUCUGUUGAUGGUGUAUUAGCAAAUAGUUCCUUGGUCAGUAAGUUAAAGUGGACAAGCCCUAAAUUCCUAGCCAUGGUGGCACUGCUGUUAUCAUGUGCUGGUGCUAUUGGACACAUAAUAUUGGCAGGCCUGGCUUUUACAUUUCCAAACUGGCACCACCUUCAACUGGCAAUGACUGUACCAAAAUUCUUCUUCCUCUUUCCUCCUCUGUGGAUGUCAGAGUCAGCUCGCUGGCUGAUCAUGACCAACAAACCCCAGAAGGGCUUAAAAGAACUUAGAAAAGUUGCAUAAAUGAAUGGAAUGAAGAAUUCCGGAGAUGACCUAACCAUGGAGGCUUUGAGAACAGGUAUGAAGAAUGAGCUGGAGGCAGCAAAGACAAAACCUUCUCCACUAGACCUGCUCCAUUCUCCCAUUCUGCCCAAUCCGAUUUGUCUCCUGAUCCUUGUGAGACUUCUAAUGACAUUAUCAAUUUCUGGCCUGUUAAUGCACAUACAAUACCUGAGUAUCAAUACUAUCUUGCUGCUGCAGUGUCUCUUUGGUGCAGUGGCAAUACCAGCCAAUUUUAUUGGGCAUUUUGUACUUGAUCACAUGGGCCGUAAAACAUGCCAACAGAUUAUCAUGAUUUUGAGGGGAAUUGCCAUUCUGACUGCCAUAUUUGUGGCUCAAGAGAUGCAGAUCUUGCGUAUUAUUAUGGCCACAGUGGCAGGAGCAAUUUCUUCCAUAUGUAUUGGUGCUUUUCAUCUACAUGCAAAUGAGCUACUCCCCACCACAUUAAGAUACAAGGCAACAGCACUGGGAUUCAUUGGAACUGCUGCUAACUUGGGGGCAUCCCUGGCUCCACUUUUUAUGAUGCUCACAAUAUACUAUGCCUCGUUGCCCUGGAUCAUCUAUGGAGUCCUCUCCAUUCUCUCUGGCCUUCUUCCCCAUCUUCUUCCUGAGACCAAGAAUCAGCCUCUGCCUGACUCCAUCCAAGAUGUGGAAAAUGAGUGUAAAAGGUCAAGACAAGCAAGACAGGAAGAUGCCCUAAUCAAAGUGACACGGUUUUAAUGGAACUCAAGGAACUGGCCUCUGAUGAAGCAGCAAAAUAAAGAAAAUGUCACUUAUAGUG